AUGGUACUUGACAACGGAAGAAUUAUUGAGGGGGUCGAUAUUGUUCAUAAGGAAGCUGCUAACUUCUUUCAUAACUUUCUCUCUGAGAACUCGGGUGUUCCGGAGUGUGACCUCUCGGAAAAGCUAGUCGCGCAUGAACAAUGGGCUUUCAUUCCUGGCCGAAGCAUUUUUGAAAUUAUCACUCUCGCACAGGAAAUGGUUCAUUGGUUAUAUAAGAGAAAUGUCGGUGGAAAUGUGAUGGUGAAACUUGACAUGGCUAAGGCCUAUGAUAGGGUGAAUUGGGGUUUUCUUUUGGAGGUCUUUAGGGCCUUUGGUUUCUCUGAUAAUUUUUGCAGAUUAAUACGGCAAUGUGUGGAGUCCCCAUGGUUUUCUAUUAUGAGGAAUGAGACUUUCACUGAUGAUAUUCUUAUUUUUGUGAAUGGGAGUAAGAGAUCUACGAAAAACCUUGUCCACAUUCUUGAGACUUAUGAGAAGUGGUCGGGUCAAAUUAUUAGCAAAGAUAAAUCUGCUCUGUUUAUGUCGAAGCGCAUCUCUUUAAUCCGUAAGCGUGGGUUGUUGAGACUUAUGGGUUUUAAGGAAGGCAUAUUUCCUGUUACGUAUCUGGGGGCGCCUUUGGUAUCAGGAAGACUAACAUCCAGGAUCAUGGAGCUGCUUAUUGAGAAAAUAAGGAAGAAAAUUGCAGGCUGGAAAAUGAAGCUUCUUUUGCAUGGAGGAAGACUAAUUUUAUUCACUUAA